AUGAAUAAUAUAAUAAAUAGAGCUCUUAAAUUUUACUCAAGUAAUAAAAGAAGAAUAGAUCCUCAUUUAGUAAUAUUAGGAUUAUAUCUAACAACUAAAUUCAUUUUUAGAAGAACAAAAGCUAUUAUUUCAACUUUAAGUUUAUAAUAAGUUGAUAUUGCAAAUAGAUAUGGGAAGGGAUCAUAUGCACUAAUAACUGGAGGAGCUGGAGGAAUUGGAAGAGAAUUUGCUUUAGAUUUAGCUAGAAAGGGAUUCAAUUUGAUAAUUGUAGAUUUCAACUAGGCUGGUUUGGAUUCAAUAUAAUAGGAAAUUAAAUAAAUAAAGAGUGACCUAAUGGUGAAAACUAUAUUAAUUGAUUUCAGCUAAGGUGAUAAUGCAGAUUUUUAUAAGAAAUUCUAAUAAGAAAUCUCUAAAUUAGAUAUAUCAAUGUUAAUUAACAAUGUUGGAACAAUCAAAGGUUCUUUUGGAAUGUUUGAUAGAUUACCUAUGAAAAAUAUUAUUGAAGGUUUUAAUAUUAAUUUUGUAGCACCAAUUAUGGUAACAUAGGCUGUGAUCAAUUAAAUGUUAUUAAGGAAUAAAUACUAAUCUUUAAUAUUAAAUUUAAGUUCAGCUUCAUCAUAUCAUCCAUUUCCAUAUUUCUUUGGUUAUGGAUCAUCUAAAGUAUUUGAAUUGAAAGUAUGUAGAUUGGAAUUGCUAAUUUUUUUGAUGCUUUGGCAUUAGAACUAAGGAACCAUAAGAAUAUUGACAUAUUAACAUUAAAACCUUACUAUAUAAGCACAGCUAUGAUAAGGCAUAAAAAAGGAUUAUUUAUAAUAGAACCCCAAAAACUAGUUCAAUCUACAUGGAAAUAUGUUGGUAGGACAAAUGAAAUUACUCCAAAUUGCAUCCAUUAAUUUAAAAUAUAUUUAGAAAAUUCAUUGCCAACAUUUUUAAGAAAUUUUGAGAUUAUGAUAACUCAUAAGGAUGGAGCUGAAGCAGUAACUUAGAGAUAAGAAUGA